UUUUCGGGGCCUCCCAGGUAUCCGAGGGAUACGUGGUGUUGGCAGGGGACGGGGGGCGCAAACCCUCCCAAUCCCCGACUGAGUUCUUGCUUUCGGUUUUGCGCUGAAGCCGCGCAGCGCGAUUUGUUGUAACGUCUGUUGUUUGUCUGUUUCUUGUUUGCUGCCUAAUUCUUCUUUAUCUAGACACCAGAAUGGGACAAACCGUCGCUACGCCCCUGAGCCUCACUCUCGACCGCUGGUCGGACGUAAAAGGCCGUGGCAACAAUGAAGGAGUCAUCAUCAAAAAGAAUAAAUGGACCACUCUCUGCGAGGCCGAAUGGGUUAUGAUGGGUGUAGGCUGGCCCCGAGAGGGCUCCUUUAACCUCUCUUUGAUUUCACAGAUUGAAGGGAAGAUUUUUGCCCCCAAACCCCACGGGCACCCGGACCAGGUCCCCUACAUAGCCAUCUGGAGAUCCCUGGUAGAAAACCCAUUUCCAUGGGUCAAGCCCUUCCUCCUAGGUCCCUCUACAACCCCUUUGGCUUCUCCCCCGCCCUCCGCACCUCCUGCGAUUUCUUCCUCCUCUUUAUACCCUAUACUUCCCCGCAAAGAGGCUCUCAAGCCUUCCGUCCUCCCCUCCGACCUAGACUCUCCCCUCAUUGACCUCCUAACAGCUGAGCCGCCGCCUUAUCGCGCGGCACUGGCCGCGCCAGCCGCGGGACCGGAAACAGGGAUGACGGCCAUCGGAGGGGCAGCAGCCCCUGAGAAGGUGGCAACUGGCGGGGACACAGGGGGGACCCCGGCUCCCUCACCCAUCGCCGGUUGCCUUCGGGCCCGCCGGGAUGACACCCCCCUGGAAUCCAAGGCCUUUCCCCUCAGAGAAGGGCCCGGCCGCCAUCUCCAGUACUGGCCAUUCUCGGCCUCUGAUCUCUAUAACUGGAAACAAUUUAACCCCCCGUUUUCCAAAGAUCCCGUGGCAUUAACCAACUUGAUUGAGUCUAUCCUAGUGACCCAUCGGCCAACCUGGGAUGACUGCCAACAGCUUUUGCAGACCCUCCUGACUGUGGAGGAGAAGCAGCGGGUGUUCCUGGAAGCACGGAAGCUGGUCCCCGGCGAAGAUGGGAGACCUACCCAGCUCCCCAAUCUCAUUGACAUAGCCUUUCCCCUCACGCGCCCGAAUUGGGAUUAUACCACCGAUGAAGGUAGGGGACACCUACGUCUCUAUCGCCAGUUGCUUUUAGCGGGUCUCCGUGCCGCUGCUAGGCGGCCCACUAAUUUGGCCCAGGUAAGAAGCACUAUCCAGGGAAGGGAGGAGACGCCUGCCGCAUUCUUAGAAAGGCUAAAAGAGGCUUAUAGAAUGUACACCCCCUAUGAUCCAGAGGACCCAGGGCAGGCGCCAGGAGUUAUCCUGUCAUUUAUCUACCAGUCGAGCCCAGAUAUCAGGACUAAGUUACAGAGGAUCGGGGGGCAACCCAUAACCUUCCUAGUUGAUACGGGGGCCCAACAUUCGGUCCUGACCCAUACUGGGGGCACCCUCAGUGACCGUUCCGCCUUGGUCCAGGGGGCCACCGGUAGUAGGAGAUACCAGUGGACGACUGAAAGAAAAGUCCAGUUGGCGUCGGGGCAAGUAACCCAUUCUUUCCUACAUAUACCCGACUGCCCUCACCCGUUGCUGGGCCGGGACUUACUGACCAAAUUAAAAGCACAGAUUUACUUUGAUGAAAGAGGACCCACGGUCACGGGGCCUGGGGGAACCCCUUUACAAGUCCUCGCCCUAAAUCUGGAAGAAGAAUACCGCCUUUUCGAGCCUGAGCCCCCUGAAGAACCACCGGGUGAGAUGCAGGACUGGCUAGACAGGUUUCCACAGGUAUGGGCAGAAACAGGAGGCUUGGGGCUUGCGCACGACCAGCCGCCCCUCGUCAUUUCAUUGAAGGCCUCCGCAGCCCCAAUCUCAAUCAGACAGUACCCCAUGUCUCGGGAAGCGCAGGAGGGGAUUAAACCCCACAUCCGGCGGCUAAUAGACCAGGGAGUGCUCAAACCCUGCCGAUCUCCCUGGAAUACUCCCCUCUUACCCGUCAAGAAACCAGGCAUGGGGGAAUUCAGACCGGUCCAGGACUUAAGGGAGGUCAAUAAGCGGGUAGAAGACAUACACCCCACAGUACCUAACCCCUACAACCUCCUCAGCACCCUCCCACCGACCCAUACUUGGGACCCAGAAAUCGGGCUUUCAGGACAGCUGACCUGGACCCGGCUCCCUCAAGGGUUCAAGAAUAGCCCAACACUCUUUGAUGAGGCCCUCCAUGCAGAUCUAGCCGGAUUCCGGGUAGAGCACCCAACCUUGACUCUGCUCCAGUACGUAGAUGACCUCCUCUUGGCCGCCAGGAGCCGGACCGAAUGCUUGGAAGGAACUCAGGCUCUGCUGACCAGGCUUGGGGAGAAGGGCUACAGGGCCUCAGUCAAAAAGGCCCAGAUAUGCCAAAACAAAGUUAUCUAUUUGGGCUACACCCUGGAGGGAGGGCGAAGAUGGCUGACCGAGGCCAGAAAAGAGGCAAUUGUCUCAAUCCCCCCUCCCAAGGGCCCUCGGCAAGUCCGAGAAUUUUUGGGCACGGCCUUGCUGCUAGAUACCGACCGAGUGACUUUCGGCCCCACAGUCUCCCUCAAUCCGGCCACCCUACUACCCCUGCCUGCCUCCUCGGGGGAGCAUGAUUGCCUCCAGAUCCUGGCGGAAGCGCACGGUACCCGUCCAGACCUGACCGAUCAACCAUUAAAGGACUCAGACUAUGUCUGGUUCACGGACGGGAGCAGCUUCCUCGAGGAAGGGACGAGAAGAGCAGGAGCAGCUGUCACCACUGAGUCAGAGGUGGUCUGGGCCUCGCCGUUGCCGGCUGGAACAUCGGCCCAGAGAGCGGAGCUGAUCGCACUCGCCCAGGCCCUCCGGAUGGCAGAAGAUUUCACAGAGGUAAAGCCCGGACUCUAUGGCUACCGUUACCUCCUGGUUUUUGUGGACACCUUUUCUGGAUGGAUGGAAGCAUUCCCCACCAAGAAGGAAACAGCCAACGUCGUGGCCAAAAAGCUGUUGGAGGACAUUUUUCCCAGAUAUGGGAUGCCCCAGGUAAUGGGGUCCGAUAAUGGGCCUGCCUUCGUCUCCCAGGUAAGUCAGAGGGUGGCCAGAUUGCUGGGGAUUGAUUGGAAGCUUCAUUGUGCAUACCGGCCCCAGAGCUCAGGACAGGUAGAACGAGCUAAUAGAACCAUUAAGGAGACUUUGACCAAAUUAACGCUUGCAACUGGCUCUAGAGACUGGGUGCUCCUACUCCCUUUAGCCCUUUACCGGGCCCGGAAUACCCCCGGACCCUAUGGUUUGACUCCCUUUGAAAUUAUAUAUGGGGCCCCCCCACCUAUUGUGAAUUUCCUUCAUCCUGACAUUUCGUCCUUCGCUACCAGCCCUACCUUAGAGGCACACCUCCAGGCCCUCCAGCUGGUACAGAAGGAAGUUUGGAAACCUCUGGCAGCAGCCUACCGAGAGCAACUGGACCACCCAAUAGUCCCUCAUCCCUUCCAGAUCGGGGACUCCGUCUGGGUUCGGCGACACCAGACCAAGAAUUUGGAACCACGGUGGAAGGGACCAUACACCGUCCUGCUGACCACACCAACCGCUCUCAAGGUCGACGGGAUUGCUGCCUGGGUCCACGCCUCCCACGUGAAGGCUGCUAAGGAGAUUGACCCGACCAGCGCCAAGGAGUCCACAUGGAAGGUACAGCGCACUCAAAAUCCACUGAAGAUACUGGUAGCGGGCCUGGACGCUUGGGACAUUGCUCAUUUGAGUCACUCUGACUUCCCGGUUCGCACGGCCCGGUCAAUCAGACCUGGGGGAGGACGAGGCCAUCUCCCACAGAGGGGACCUGGAUGUAUCAAUGCAGACACCCGUUGUUCCUUGUCCACUUAUGACUUUUAUGUCUGUCCCCGUGAUGGCCGCAACCGGAAUGAGGCCCGUAGAUGUGGGGGAUAUGAGGAAUUCUUCUGCAAACAAUGGGGAUGUGAGACCACCGGCGGGGCCUAUUGGAAGCCCAGCUCUAGUUGGGACCUGAUAACGGUGUCUAAAAAUUAUUCCAGCCCCAACAAAUGUACAGUCAGCACUGAGGGAACUGUCCCCUUACCCAUUGUUAUCUCUUUCACUGAAAAGGGCAAGGAGGACAGAGGAUGGCAGUCCGGGCAUACUUGGGGACUCAGGUUUUAUAUGACAGGGUUUAACAAAGGCCUGACCUUCAAAAUUCAGCUCAAGGCAGAAACCACCCCCCUGUCAGUUGGUCCCAACUCGGUCCUCUCAGAUCAGAAACCCCCGUCCCAGACAGGACAGGGUAAGCAACUCCCCACUCCCACUACGUCACUCAAUAUGAAUGUUCCCAACAUAACUGCAGCCCCAACAACUGCAGCCCCCGCCAGGACCCGCCUAGGAACAGGGGAUCGACUCCUUGGUCUACUGCAAGGAGCCUAUUCCACCCUAAAUGCCACCCAGCCUAACCGAACUCAGGAAUGUUGGCUAUGUUUACUCUCCCUCCCUCCCUAUUAUGAAGGGGUAGCAGUACAAGGCCCGCACUCCCAGCUGGACACCCCCCCCCUCGCGAUGCCUGAGAGAGACCCAACAUAA